ACAUGUUGUUUUCCUUGGCAGUCACUCAGGUGAGGUGAAUGCUACCGAGUCACAACACAAACCUGCUGGUAGAUCACACAAGUUGCCAUUUUAAACAUACCUGCAGCUGAUCUCUUAACUCCGCGCUGUCAACAGAUAAGGGGCUGAAUAGGCUCCGUGGGUGGUUUUUGCAGGUGAAAGUGCAAGUUUAAGUGUAAUAUAAAUUAUUUCAUUACAGAUUUUAAGUUUUUUUACGCUUUUAAACAGAAGAAGACGCAUGGCUUGCUUGCAUCUCAUUAGAAGGGUUCCCCUUUGUGAACCAGAGAGAUCUACAAGUCAUUUGAGAGAGGUGUCACUGACAGAGCCAAGGUUAGAGAGGAGGGGGCUCGAUCCUGCAGGCUGAGCAUGCUGAUACGUCUUGGGAGUGAUGCACUGGCUUCCCCUGGUUGCCAUGGUGAUUGCCUCGGCCCUGCCCUUCCCUCACAACCCCGUGUCCAAGAUUGCUACUGCGACCGCUGAGCCUGGCUUCGACAAACGCAGAGAGCACCGGCAUGACCCAGCCGCUCGCCUCGCAGCUGCCCCCGCGGACUACAGCUUCAAUGGAAGUGCCUCGCAGACGGACUACAACAUGACUGCUGCGCUCAGUCAACACAGCAACAGAAAAAACCUCCAGAGCCGUAAGGAUUAUGUAAAACCUUCUAUACACGAAGAGACAUUCAAGGUGGAGAGUCGAGGAACCUACCAAUCAAACAGCAACUCAGGCAGCAAUGACAGAAGCAGUUUAGAUGUUCCCACAGAACGAGUUACACUCAGGGCCGAGGAUGUUUCCCAGGAUAGUUCUGUGCCCAAGGAUUACAAACCUGGCAGCACCAGCAGGUAUGAAUACGCAGGCUUUGUGGACUUUUCCAGGAAAGACAAUCUUCAGGACGCUACUGAUAAGCCAUUGCAGGUUUCUGCAUUGGAAAACCAUGUGAGUCCUGCUACAACACAUAAGGGUCAAACAGGACCAAAACUGACUACUCCUUCAGAUCAGCUCAGAGAUACACAAAAAAUCGGGACAGCGAGCCAGAGGACGGUGGGAACUGGAAGAGGUUUUCCUGAAGAGAGCUUGACAGUGGAGGCUGGUCUGGGUCUGGGAGGGCUGGAUAACAUCUUAAAGGGAGAUGAGUUGUUUCUCGAUGCUCAUCCUCGGGUCCUGUUCUCAUCCUCUCCAUCACCUCCAGAAGACCCACCUCUUUUGCUCAUGUUAGAGACUGGCAUGCUGGAGGAGGACGGGGAUGGGGAGAAGCAGGAGGACAUGGACGAACGCAUCGAGGGUCACGGUGACCGCGCACUCGACAGGAGUACGACUUUGUCUUGGGCAGACUCGUCUAGAUUGACCCGUGAGGAUGUCCAUCCUGUUAAAAGGGAUAAACGCUCACAUUUGACUGACAGGUCAAAGGAGGGUAUUAGGUCAAGGGAACAGUCGGUGUGCGAGGCAAUAAGUGUGUGGGUUAACAAGACAGAAGCCACUGACUUACACGGAGAGAAUGUCAGUGUCUUACAGGGAAUCCAGACUCAGAAAGGACCUCUACAACAGUACUUCUAUGAAACUAACUGCCAUGAUCCCAACAACGGGAUCCAGUCGAAGGGUGCUGUUGCAUCAGCGAAAUCUCUCAAACCUCGAGGGGUAGGUGUGGCUGGGGGCAGCUGCUUGGGAGUGGAUAAAAAACAGUGGAACAGUGAGUGUAGAGCCAAGCAGUCGUACGUGCGAGCACUCACCAAAGAUGAUAGAAACAGAAUCGGAUGGAGGUGGAUUCGAAUCAACUCGUCCUGCGUCUGUGUGCUGCUGUCCAGAGCAAAUCAGGCAACGGGGAGGGAGGUUUUGACAAGGAGGGGGAGGGCUUAAGAGACAGCACAAAGUGAAGUGACACAAAGCAGAGCAGCUCUGACAUCCUUCUGUGUGCACUUUCUCUUCCUCACGGUCUUUCCUAGAACAUGAGGGAAGCUAUCUCUUCCUAAAUCCAGACCUUUUCAGAUAUCUCUUUUCCUUCCACUACAACUUUAAGUGACUUUUGCAUUAAAAAAAAAACAAGAAGACCUCAAUACUAGAUCUUAGGGAAAAUUGUCCUAUAGAGAUUUUACUUUAAGAAGUACUGUUUUUGUAUGAUUUAUCUUUCAUAAUCUAAGUUAUUUUUGAUUAGUAUGUAAGCAUGUGUAUGUCUUUGAUAUUAAUAUAUUCCUUUAUAUAUAAGUGUACAAUAUGACACCAGUAUACCUUUAUGUAUGAAGCUAUGUAUAUUUGUGUGUAUUUAUAGAAGAAGCCUUCAUGGGGUUGUAGGUCUCUCCAGUGUCUGAUGAUAAUUCCAGCCUCUGGUCCGCUCGGGUUGUAAGAGGAAGGAGCGCCCCCUACUGAGGUUCCAUUUUACUGCUCCAAAUUCUCACCUUAUAUUUUACCAUGAAACGUUAUAGCUAUGGUUUAACUAAGACUACAGCGCGGGCACAUGCUAGUGUGAUUUCAGCCAGGCAGAGGAUUUUUUGUGGCAGGAUGUAUCUGUGCAUGUGGGCCUCACAUGUGGCUCAUGAUUGUAAAAGCAUGUGGUUUGUAAAUUAUGUGACACUUAAACAAGCUGAUUUACCAUCUUCGCGUUUGUUCAGUUGUCCUGCCAAACAUGGUAAUAAAGGAACUUUGUACUCA